AUUGAUUUGGCCGAACGAAGAACGAUGCAGCGCUUGGAGUGCGUCGUGCAGCAAUAUGCGUGGGGAAAGAAGGGAACCAGCAGUAUCGUCGCCAAUCUCAAGGCGGCGUCGGACAAGACUUUCGUCGUCAAUGACAAAGAGCCGUACGCGGAACUGUGGAUGGGAACCCAUCCAAACGGCCCUUCAUCUAUCGCAGACACGUCUCAAUUGCUCUCGGAAUGGAUCAAGGAAAAUCCAUGGGCACUCGGCAACACGGCCAAGGAUAUCCCAUACCUGUUCAAGGUUCUGUCUGUGAACCAAGCGCUGUCGAUCCAGGCGCAUCCUGACAAAUCUGCUGCGAAGCGACUGCACAAGGACUUUCCCCAUAUUUACAAAGACGACAACCACAAGCCGGAAAUGGCGAUUGCACUGACCCACUUUGAAGCACUUUGCCAGUUUCGACCUAUGGACCAAAUCAUCAACCACAUCACUCACGUGGAGGAAUUCCGACUCUUGGUGGAUUCGUCCGUGGCCAUGGCGCUCGUCGACUUCAAAGACCUGCCGUCCCUGCGUGCCUUCUUCCGCGCGAUGAUUUAUUGCGACCCCGACAAAGCCACGUCCGCCCUCGAGAGCCUUCGCAGCCGGCUCGGCGCGCAGCGCGAAAGCCUCUCGGCCCUCGACGCUCUCGUGCUGCGACUCAACGAGCAGUACCCCAACGACAUUGGCGCGUUCUCGCCGUAUCUGUUGAACUACGUCGUGCUCGAGCCGGGGGACGCGGUCUUUUUAGGUGCCAACGAACCCCACGCGUACCUUUCAGGCGAAUGUGUGGAAUGCAUGGCCGGGUCGGACAACGUGGUGCGUGCAGGCCUGACUCCCAAGUUCAUUGACAAGGCCACGCUCGUGGACAUGCUCACGUACACGGUCGGGUCGCCGCCCGUGCAGCGCGGAAAGCAAGUCGACGCGCAUCUGACACAAUACAGCUCGCCAGUGCCGGAGUUCCAAGUCCAGCGAAUGAACUUGCCGCCAUCCACGACGUACGAUUUGGCGGUCGCCACAGGGCCUUCCAUCCUGCUUGUCUUGGAAGGCCAAGGCACUGCCAACGUACACGGCGCCACGACACAUGACGUAGGCACAGGCCAAGUGUUCUUUGUACCGGCAGGCCAUGCCAUCACAUUCAAGAGCAGGCAGGAUGAAAGACUAGUUGUCUACCGGUCGUCGCCCAACGAAAACGUUCAGGAAUAGUGUCACCAGCGUAACUUUAUGUACAGUACAUAUGUGCAUACUGUAUCACCACAUCGUUAAUGAUGUCGAUUACCA